CUUCUUUAUUUGUCACGUGACCGGGAAGAAACGAAGAAAAAAGAAAGGCGAGGAAGGGAGAAAGGAGAAAAAAAGCUGGGGGAUUGUCAGCUUGGAAGAAGAAGGAGAUUUUCUGUUUUGUGUCCAGCAUUUAUUUGAGGAGGGCGAAAAAGUCAGAAGAAGGGGGCGAGUUGUUCAGUUAAUUAAGAGUUCCAGAUGUGAUGGGAGGACAGAGGUGGAUGUCCGCUGGAUAUGAGACAAGCACGUAAAUAUAGACUCUGAAACGGAGGAGGAGAGAAGAUGAAGCUGAACGAACGCAGCGUGGCACAUUAUGCCACCUGUGAUUCACCACCAGACAAGACGGGCUUCCUUUUCAAAAAGGGCGAGCGUAACACAGCUUAUCACCGCCGGUGGUUUGUUCUGAAGGGCAACAUGCUCUUCUACUUUGAAGAGCGUGACAGCCGAGAGCCCAUUGGCGUCAUCGUCCUUGAAGGAUGCACCGUGGAGCUGUGUGAGUCGAGUGAAGAGUUCGCCUUUGCCAUCAAGUUUGAUUGCGCCAAAGCCCGGGUGUACAAGAUGGCCGCUGAGAACCAAGCAGCCAUGGAGUCCUGGGUGAAAGCGUUGUCAAGGGCCAGCUUUGACUACAUGAGGCUGGUGGUCAAAGAGCUGGAGAGGCAGCUGGAGGAGAUCCAGGAGGCUGCUGGAGGUGGCUUUGUUGGGGCUGGAGGUGGCUUUGUUGGGGCUGGAGUUGGAAACCUGCAGAGCAGGCCCAAAUCCUCUAAGCGAAACAAAUUGGCGUUGUCCAGGUCUGGAGCAUCCUCUUCUUCAUCGUCCUCAUCCUCCAUAUCAUCUUCAUCAAGUGUGCCUCCCAUGUCAGCCCCCUUCUCUGCCCAGAAGAGCCCACAGGAUGAGCUACAGCUCAUCUCUGGGCCCUCCAAGGAAAAUGGAGUUGCAUGGAAUAAGCCACCAGCUGCCUUGGCUAACGGAUUUGUGGAGGGAGCUUCAUCCUGUGUGGUCUGGGAAAGCUGUGGGGACCCUGCGAAUGUGAUUGCUUAUGGAGCUGACGGAGCGAGGGCUCCACCUGUGCCUCCCCGGAGAAAAGGAGCAUCUCUGGAAAGCCCCGUAUGCCCUGGCACUGGCUGCUUCUCCAAACUCCAUGACUGGUAUGGCAAAGAGGUGGAGGAACUGAGAGUGCAGUGGCUGCAGAGCCAGUAAGCUGACGGAGGUGGAUCACCUCUUUUUCCACAGUUUAUCAUUCCUUCCUGAUCAUUCUGCAGUGCUUCACCCAGCAAUAAGGUGAAGUGACUGAAUGGAGACUAAACUGCAGUCUUAACUAAUGGAAAUGAAAAGGAAAAAAGCAUCAGAGAUUGUUUCUAAAAUUCUGUCAGAGGGAAAGAAAUUGUCAUAAAUAUUAACACUAUCAAGCCAAGAAACACAAAAUAUGCUCUUUUGUGCACAGAGUGAGUUACAUUUGCCAAUGACAAUUGGAAAAGCUGCAGUAUUUAAAAUGAUAGUUCAUUUAUUACAAUCAUCAGUUUUUCUAACAUGAUGCAUUGAGUUUAGCAUUGAUUCAUCUUAUAAUAGAUACAAAUCUAAAACAGCUGUUUUAUUACUGUUCCCAGUAUUUAUGUUUUUUAACUUGGCCAUCUUUAAGCAAUUGUUACGACUCAUUUUAUCUACAGUUAUAAGAACCUUGAACAGUUUCUCAUUGCUUCCUGAUAAUUCUGCAGUGAUUAUUUUUUUGUUUGUUUGUUUUUUUGAGUUGUACAUGCAAAUUACUUCGCUAAUCAUGUGGAAAACACAAAAAAACAAUAGGUAACUGAUAUAAUCACAACAAGGAAGUCUUUUUUUUUUUUCUGCCAAAAGGAAAAAAAGCCCCAGGUGGUUUCUGUUAUAUAAUACAACCUGAAGAUGUUGCACAAAAUAAUUAGACAUAGUUUGAGGUGGUUAUGUCACAUUAACCACAUAAUAGUGCAAAGAAAAUUGUGGCGCUUUAUGAAUGAAACCCCAGUUUGGUGCUGUCCAACCUUCACCCUGUUGGUGAUGCAGCUUUGCAAAGCUGUUUGGUCUAAAUGCUUGAAUCACAUUGAUCCUAAUGACUCUGGCACCAGGAUAAUAUCUGUCUUCCAAGUUUGAAAUUCAGGAUUUUGAGUUUCCUUCAAACCACGGUAACGCUGAGACAUUUCACUGCAAUGACUUGUAGCUGUAUGGACUGUGUGUGGCUGCCGUCAGGUAUCUUUAUUGAUCUUUAUUGAGCCCAGGUGGAGAAGUGCCACUGUUUAUUCGAGAGUUAAAAAAAAGCCUGGGGUCCAACAUUAGCCUGAAUUAUUUCUUUAAACAGUCCAAAUUCUGCUCGUAUAUAAAUGUAAUUCAUUCAACCACAGCAACUUAACGUACAGUAAAAUGUGUUUUCAUUUCAGCACUAGGCUGCCUAAUGCCAUAUUAUGCACUAAUGAUUAAAAAGGUCAUGUCCUCUAUACUAGUUUGGGUAAACAUCAAUAACUCAUUAUAACUUUGAUACAGUAAUCAGUACUGCAGAUACUGACUUUCUCUUCCUAAAGCGUUCUUUUAACGAGAGCUUUUAUCAAUGUUUUUAAUGUUCUAUCCUGUUAGUUUUUUCAAUUUUGUUUCC